CUCAACAACUACCUGAAUCACACCAUGGCCAGCCUGUCUGCGAGCGUGCUGGUGUUGGCCUGUGAAACGUCUAGCAAACUAGUAUGCAUAUCGCUGGUCGGCAGCAGCAAGGAGUGGAGCGUUUCCAUGCCCGAUACCGAGGAGAUCCUGUGCGUCACGGCGGGCAGCGACGUCGUCGCGUGUGCGACUAACGCGAGGUUGCUGCGGCUGUUCACGCCAAUGGGCACGCAGAGACAGGUCUGAUGAUGCUUCGACUUCAAGGGUAAAAACGAAUAAAACCACAGAUUGUAUACGAGGAACACCGCCAAAAUAUGGCUACAGCAACAUAGAAAUGACUCCACGAAAAAAAAAACUUGUAAAAAAGUUGCAGCGAACACAGUGUUUGUUAUCAUCACUCUCAAAAACAUCCGUCGAUUUGGACAAAUUAGAUUCCGAUUUUCUGAAAAAUGUUGUAUCAGACUCUCUGAAAAAUCAAGCCCGGAAACCUAGAGGCAAGCGAUGGAAUUUAAUUAACAAAAUUUCUGCUGUACUUUCAUAAAGUAUCUUCUGUAAUGCUAGAUCCAAAACAAAAACAUAAAAUGAAAGUGAAAUAUGCCGCUCAAACUCUAAGUAAUACUUUCGCAGCUAUUCUAAAGAUGAUUGCAGAAAAAUAUGAAGACACAGAGUACGGAAAAGAAGUGGCACAAACAUCCGAGGUAGUACGGGACCUUAAUAAUUUAUUUGAUUCUACUAAUGGCCCAUCAAACCCAAAAGAUGUAAUAAAGGGACGAAGACAAAAUGUGUCUCGUAAAACCAAUCACAUAGAAAUCUGGAAUAGUUUUUUGAAAAAGCUGAAGUCAAUGGAGUUCAUGAAAUCAGAUAGCAGGUUAAGAUUAAAAAGAGUCAGAUGCGUGGAAGGUUAUAUUGUAACCAUAAAUUCGCUUAAAGAUAUCUGGUGUUAUUGUAAGGAUCAAGGAUUUAACUAUUUGAAUUUACGCUCACUGAAUCAAGACGCUCUUGAAAACCUAUUCGGACUUAUACGACAGAAUAGCCCUACAAAUCGAAAUCCUACCUGCACACAUUUUGUAAGUGCAUUGAAAUCAAUUCAUAUUUCUGGAAUGAAUGCACCACAUAACCGAGGAUCUAAUUGCGAAGAAGAUUUGAACAAGUUAUUGCUUGUCAAUCCAUUAUGCCAACAUGAUGUUGAUGGUGAUGAGAAACUCACAUCAAUGACUACCAAUGAAGAAGAAGAAUAUCCUGUUUUAAUGAUACCUGAAAAUGAAUUAGAGGAGCAAAUUGAAACAGAUUUAACAGACAUAGAAAAUCAACCUAUUGUAUAUUUAAGCGGUUACAUAGCUUAUAGACUGUUGAAGAACGUAAGCUGUCAAAUGUGUUCUAAUUUGCUGAAACUGGAAGAUGUUACAGAUCACCCAAUGUAUAAAUUUAUAAGCUUGCGGGAGUGGUGGCAAGAAAAGAAAUCAUUAACGUACCCAUCUAUCCAGCUGUGUCGUACAAUUGAGGAAGCGAAAAACUAUUUUGAAAAAAAUAGUCAUUUAUUAUAUGAAGAAAAUGUCGGGCAAAUGUUUUGCACACUCUUUGCGGCAAACAUUAACAUAACCUGGUGGACAUGUAAGGAACAUGAGGAUUUCAUGAAAAAACAAUUAUUUUGGCUUGUGACCAAAAUCUUAAUUAGAAGACAGUGCCAAAUAUUAAAUUCGGAUAUUAUUAAAACAGAAGAAAUUUCUGCGAACGCUGCAAAGAUAGCUCAACUAAGAAGCGCUGCAAAAUAAUAUAUGUAAUAACGAGUAUGCAAUAUCAAUUCCACGCGGACGAAGUCGCGGGCAACACCGCGACUUCGUCCGCGUGGAAUCUUAUCUUCAACAUUUUACAUCUUUAGUACCUAUAAUUUUCAUAUCCAAGCAAUGUUGACAUUUUUUAGCAAGUUGUAUGAAGUUUUAAGUCAAGUGGAUUUUGAUGUUGGUUGCUGAAAUUACUUUUCUUGUAUUCUCAUAAUAGGUACCUAUGCCCUUAUACAAAGAUUCAAGUUCCGCAUUCCGCACUCACUAAAUAUCUGAUCUCCAUACAAACUUUCAACCCCUUUUUCACCACCUUAGGGGAUGAAUUUUCAUAAAUGCUGAAAUGAGUUUUCUUGUAUUUUAAUUUAAAACGUUUUUACAAAGUUUCAAGUUCCUUGCUUAAAAUAAAAUUUGCACCCGCAGACAAACUUCCAUCCCCUUUUUAACCUCCUUAGGGGUUGAAAUUCCAAAAACGUUGCAAUCACUUUUUUUUGCAAUCGGCUAUUAUGCCUUUCUAAGAAGUUUCAAAACCAUUUGUAAUGGAUUCAAACUUUCAACCCCUUUUUAACCCUGUUAGGGGAUGAAUUUUACAAAACGCUGAAAUUACUUUUCCUGUCUUCUAAUAAUAUCCCUAAAUACAAAGAUUCAAGUCCAACACUCGAAAAAAUGUUUGAUAUCCAUACAAACUUUCAACCCCUUUUUCAUCACUUUAGAGGUUGAAUUUUCAAAAACGCUGAAAUUAGUUUUCUUGUAUUUAAAUAAUAUAUCUUUCAACGAAGUUUCAAAUUCGUAGCUCAAAAGAAAACUUUAACCCCAUACAAAUUUUACGUUCAUAACAUAAGCGUAUUGUAAUAAUAAACUAUCUGUAUCAUAUCUUUAAUAUGUUAAAUAAAAUUAUUUUUAUA